AUGCAACACGAGCCAGAGGCAUCCUGUGAGAAGAACUGGAUCCAAUUUGAAGGCAGCUGUUACUAUAUCCAUUCAAGAAAAUCUACUUGGAUGAACGCAAGAUCUGUGUGCAAAACAAAGGGAAGUGAUCUGGUUGUAAUAACCAGUGAAGAGGAACAGCAUUUCCUGAUGAUAAAUACAAAUGGCAAAGACCAACGUUUUUGGAUUGGGCUGCAUGACAUGGAUGAUGAAGGCACGUGGACAUGGGUGGAUGGAACAGACUAUGAAAAGUCAUACAAGUUCUGGAUGAAAGGGCAACCAAAUGAUUAUAAGUUGAACGAAGACUGUGCUCAUUUAUGGAGAAAUGGAGAGUGGAAUGACUCGCACUGUACUGACGAUUGUUACGCAAUUUGUGAAAAGAAACGUGGCUGAUAAUUUGGUUUACCAUCAACCAGCUCAUUUUAUACAUAUCACAUUUACU